GCCCUCCUUGUCAUCGAGGAUAACGUGAAGCUCGCUCGUUGCACAGAGCUCGCUGCCCUGCGCAAGAGGCCGCAGCAGUGCUGCGCAUCACUCAGUACGCCGCAAACCAACGCGCAGUGCAUAGCUUGCUGUAGCCCAAGAGAUUGGCUGCAAAAAGAGGCCCAUCGCAUCCUUGCAGCGCCAUGGCCGCUAGAUUGCCCGUCCUCUUCGAGGACAUCGCCAUCGCCGCCACCCGUAUAAGAGGCGGCGUCGUGCGGUCGCCGGUCACGCAUUCGUACUGGCUCAGCCAGCUCUGCGGCUGCGACGUCUUCCUGAAGCACGAGCAGUUCCAGUUUACUGGCAGUUUCAAGGAGCGCGGCGCGAGGAAUGCGUUGAUGUCUCUGUCCGAAGAAAAGAAGGCCAAAGGCGUCGUCGCGGCCUCUGCGGGCAACCACGCGCUAGCUCUGUCGUGGCACGGCAAGCAGCUCGGCAUCCCCGUGUCGGUGUUGAUGCCUACUGUGGCUCCGUUAGCCAAGAGAUCGAAGUGCGCCAAGUUCGACGCCAACAUUGUUGUUCAUGGCGACAACAUAGGGGUCGCGAAGAAGUACGCCGAGGAGACGGCGCCCUUCUCGGAGAUGACUUAUGUGAAUGGGUACGACGACCCAGAGAUCAUCGCCGGGGCCGGUACGAUGGGCUUGGAACUCGUGGAUCAGGCUCCCGACGCGGACGCGUACGACUACAUCAUGGUCCCGUGCGGCGGCGCUGGUUUAUUAGCUGGCGUGGCGUUGGCGUCGAAGACGCUGCGGCCCGCGACGCGCGUGAUUGGUGUCGAGCCCCGGAAUUGUGCUUCCUUCACUGCUGCGCUCGAAGCUGGGGAACCGGUCCCGGCACCUACGACUUCCACCCUAGCGGAUGGUCUCGCGGUGCCCACGGUCGGAGGCAACGCCUUCGAGGUCGCUCGCGCCCACACGGACGAGGUCGUCAUCGUCGAAGAAAGCGACGUGGCUCUAUCGGUCCUACGGUUGUUAGAGAACGAGAAAGUGAUUGUGGAGGGCGGCGGCGCCACCGGUUUAGCCGCUAUUUUACCCGGCGGCCCGAUGCACAAGGAGGUCCAGGGGAAACGCGUCGCGGUGCCUCUUUGUGGCGGUAAUAUUGAUGUGACAACUCUGGGACGAGUCAUCGACCGCGGCUUAGCGGCGGAUUGUCGCUUGGUACGCUUCGUCGCCGAGGUCUCGGACCGGGCGGGAGGCAUCGCCGAAGUGACGUCGCUCCUCUCGGAGCACGGUGCGUCCGUCAAGGACGUCUUCCACGAGCGGGCGUGGCUGCAGUCGGCGGUGGAUCGCGUCCAGAUCAAAUUUAUUAUCGAGUGCACCGGUUCGUAGCUGUGUGGAAAUCAACCAGUGCGUCGGGUGUGUGGCUCGGUCGAGCGGCGAGGAAUCGGCAUCGCCACGCCAUCGAGCAGGCGUCGCGUCGAUGGCGUGGAGGUCGACGCGAACGCGCCGUAAAAUUUUGAUUUCCACACAGGUCCCGAGCACUCCGUGCAGGUGCGGGACGCCGUGCGGGCGGCAGGCGUGCCGUUAUUAGUGUGGGGCAAGACGGUGUACAACGCGGACGGGACCGCGCGGACGCUCGGGUCGACGACCGGAGGCCCCGCGGAGCCGGCGCCCUUCGAGUAGGGUGUGCGGGUAAGCUUCUAGGUACUGACACGCGCCGAUGGCGUAAGGGGGAG